GCUGGCGAGGAGGAGGUGGUGUGAGGCAACCAUGGCGGGAGGAAUCAAAGUGGCUGUGCGGUCGGCGGUUGGUCCCGGGCCCCGGACGGGGGCCAGGGGCGGUGGCGCCGCGUGGCUGCUCCUUGUCAUCUCCGGCUGCGUGGUCUCCGUCGCAGCUGGAAUUAAUGUAAAUGUGGUCAUGCUUCAGGAGUCCCAAGUUGAUAAAAAUUCCAGUCAACAAUUCUGUUAUAAAAACGUACUUAUCCCAAAGUGGCAUGAUAUAUGGACACGGAUACAGAUCCGGGUAAAUAGUUCCAAAUUGGUCCGAGUCACCCAGGUGGACAGUGAGGAGAAGCUGAAGGAGCUAGAGCAGUUUAGUAUCUGGAACUUUUUUUCUUCUUUUUUAAAAGAGAAGUUGAAUGACACCUAUGUUAACGUGGGUCUGUACAGCACAAAAACCUGCCUCAAAGUUGAGAUUAUAGAGAAGGACACCAAAUACAGUGUCAUUGUGACCCGGAGAUUUGACCCCAAACUCUUUCUUGUUUUCCUCCUUGGACUUAUGCUAUUUUUUUGCGGAGACUUGUUGAGCAGGAGUCAGAUUUUCUACUAUUCCACUGGGAUGAGCGUGGGGAUUGUGGCCUCUCUCUUAAUCAUCAUUUUUAUGCUCUCCAAGUUUAUGCCCAAGAGAAGUCCCAUUUAUGUCAUCCUGGUAGGAGGCUGGUCCUUUUCUCUGUACCUCAUUCAGUUAGUUUUUAAGAAUUUACAAGAGAUAUGGAGGUGCUAUUGGCAUUAUCUUCUAAGCUACAUCCUCACAGUUGGAUUCAUGAGUUUUGCAGUGUGCUACAAGUACGGGCCCUUGGAGAAUGAACGGAGUAUCAACCUGCUGACCUGGACGUUGCAGCUGGCGGGCCUGGGCUUCAUGUAUUCCAGCAUCCAGAUGCCACAUACUGCCUUUGCUCUCAUCAUCGUUGCGCUGUGUACUAAGAACCUGGAGUACCCUAUUCACUGGCUGUACAUCACCUACAGAAGGAUGUGCAAGGCAGCAGAAAAGCCUGUCCCCCCUCGCCUCCUGACAGAAGAAGAAUAUCGGAUACAAGGAGAGGUAGAGACCCAAAAGGCUUUACAGGAACUCCGAGAGUUUUGUAACAGUCCAGAGUGCUCUGCCUGGAAGACCAUAUCUCGAAUUCAGUCUCCAAAAAGAUUCGCCGACUUUGUGGAAGGUUCUUUUCACCUCACGCCAAAUGAAGUUUCUGUUCACGAGCAGGAGUAUGGAUUAGGGAGUAUAAUUGCCCAGGAUGAGGAGCUGUCCUCAGAGGAGGAGAGCUCAGAGUACCCUACUGUCACACAGAACAGCUUCCUGACUUAGGUGGCAGCUGGUUAUUUUGUGUAGAUGGACAUGGUGCCUUGAUGAUCUAUGUUGUAAGUGCUAUGCAGUUCUCCCAGGCCUUUGUAACAGCCUGGAGAGGGCACAGGGGUCCUACUCAAUGAGCGGCUGAGUGGGCUAUCCUCCUGCAGGACUUCUGAUGGUCUCCAAGGGAUCCCUGAGGAAGACUGGAGGAUAGUGAGUGCUGUGGUAGCUUGCUUCCGGCAAUUGAAUGCUUGCUGUACUUUCUGUGCCUGAAGAGGUUGGUUGGCCAUGGCCAGCAUGACAUGGUAGCUCCUGUUUGAAAGUUCACUGACUUCUGGCAACAUUGUCACUGUGACAAACCCUCAAAAAUGAGUAUUAAGUGCAGUGAUGGGUUCAGACGGAGGCUGCACCUUCUAAAGAGAGUCUGAGCCAUUUUUAAUUCUGCUUCUAUUUCAGUGGAUCCUUAUAACAAUCCUUGAUUUAACUAUUGAAGAAAAAAGAUUGUUGCCUGUCUUGUUCUUUUAGGCACAUGUAUUUUUUUUAAUGCAACAAAUCCGUGUUCUAGAACCAAUACGUUCUCCAGAGUACAAAACCCCACUGACCCCAGAUAUUUAUUGGUAUAGAUAUUCCAUGAGAACCCCUAGAGCUGUUGUUGUUGAUCCUUGGAUUCUCACAACUCUGAAAUUCUGAGCUUGCUCCAUUUAGAAAUGUUUGCUGGCCCUUCUGUAGGUUCGGCUUCCCAAGCUUCUUAUUCUGUCAACAUUGGUGCUUCUCUCCUGACGUUUCUCACCACUCAUUUCUCCAACUCAGGAAGGAUCUGCUCCUUAUUUGUGGAGUAUAUACAGUUCAGAAGUUGAUUCAUUUUCCUCUUUGCCUCCUUUACUCUUUCCCUUUUCUUUUCUAACACUGGAUUCCCUUUGCAUUUAACAGUUUUGUUUUUACUUUUCCUUUCUGGCUCUGGGUCUUGCUGUGUCUUAGUCUGGUCCUUUAACUCAGCCUUUCUGUGCUAGAAUUUUAUGCCUUUGCUGCUGUACCAACCUUGUUUUUUUUUUCUUCUUUUUCAUUUUUUUGAGACAUGGUUUCUCUGUGUAGCCCUGACUGUCCUAGAACUUACCUAGUAGACCAGGCUGUCCUCAAAUUCAUAGACGUUAUCCACCUGCCUCUGCCUCCCGAGUGACUAAAGGUGUGUGCCACCACUGGCUGGCAUGCCAAAUUUCUUGUGUUGUUUCACAUAUAUGUAUAUGUAUUCCCUUUGCCUUCCUCCAUUAUAACUGGGCAGAGAGGUCUUGUUUACCGCCCCUCGCCCCCCCCCCCCCCCCAGGGCUGAGGAUAUGUAGCUAGCUCAGUGGUAGGACAUUAUUGGGUCAGCACAAGAGGCCCUGGUUGGAUCAUUAGCCACAACAAAACCAAACCAAUCUUACCUCCUUGUCCCUUGUCACCUUUUAUAUGCCUGUUCUGCCCAUUUAGCCUUUGUUAGCACCUGCAUGCUCCCAGAUCUAUUAGGUUUCUUUUUAUAUGAUUUCAGUUAUGUAGCUGUCACACUUCCCACGGCAGAGACUAGACCCUGAGGUGUGCUUCCCGUCUCUGAUGUUCAUUCAGCUGUCUGCAUUAGAUGCGAUCCCCCAGAAUUUACUAUACUUACAGUUCCAUUUCUGCAGAGAUACAGUGCCUCUUGCUCAGUGAUGUUAGCUUCAGAACCCUUUGCCGUGCAGAUACCUGUAGGAGCUGGCAAUAUCAUUUAUGAGGGAGCAGACUCAAGGUUCUGCCGUUUGCUUGGUUCUUUCAUUGUGAUCUUCACCAUCACAUUGGAAGAAGUGUGUAGCUUUUAAUGCCUUCAGCCAGGGAGGUAGGCGCUUGCUCACGUGGGUGUACAGCCUCAGACUCACUGUCUUAGGAUCAUUGACGAGGAAGGUGGUAUUUUGAGGACGCUCAUAUGGCGUCUUCAGACCUGCUGUCAGCAUGUGAUUUUGAAAGAUCCUGGGCUCUACUGCUAGCAUCCAAAAUGUCAGCUGAGACGCUGCUCCAGGUGACCAGUUAGGUAUUUCAACCAAUGUUCCCCAUAGCCUUAAAUUGUCCUAAAGUGACAACUACCUCAGUUGGUAGAAAGUAAUCAGGAGAAAUGGAAAAAUGAGCAUUAUUUGAGCAGAUGCUAUAAGUUAAAGCUGUAGAAUACAAUAGUAAGGAACAUUUUUAUCUUUGUGAAUUAUGAAUAUGGUAAAAAUUGUCCCUUUUCAAAGAACUGUUAAAGCAUUUGAAGGGUGGGGACACAGCUUAGGUUUAGUGCUCGUUGCACAGGCACAGGGCUGGGUUCGCUCCUGGCGUCACAGAAACAAAGCCCAUUGCUAACAACAAAGGCCUCCAGAAUGCACUAUUUUGGAGUCUUCUCUUUAGAAAUUAUGUUUUACCUAAUAUAUUUUAAUGUGAAAAAGAAUUCAGCUGUACAAGUGGUGUUAGUUCUUGGGAGACCUUGGUGCCUUUCCCCAGAUCACUCCUCCAAACGGAGGAGGCAUCUGACUUAUAUUUUUAUUUUAAUGAGAAAUCACUGUGAAUGAUUUCUCUCUUCUGUGUGGUUAACUCCCUGUGAAAUAUAGAUUUCAUUUCAAGGCCAGUUUUAAAACUGUAUUUGAAUUUGGGGUGAGUAAAGCAAGCUCAUCUUCUUACCCGCCCCCUGGUAGUUGGAGAACUGAGUGCUGUGAUCGCUGCUCUCAGGCAUGAAGGACGGGGCCUCUUUUGAAUGCUGUGUAUCCUUGACCUGGCUGCCUGUGCGGCUCUCCUGGGUAUUUCUGAGCCUCUGUGUGCUCCGAUACUGCUUGACUCAGCUCAGUCUCAUCCCUUCGGCUCGUCUCACCUAUGAUUGAAGGGAGGAACUGGAGUGAGCUGGACACUGGAGCCCUGUCUUUUGCCGUGUCAGCGUCUUGCUCAGCAACCAUCAAGCCCUAAAUUGGUUCCAGGGCUCAGGGUCUCAUUAGUAUUGGAAAUCGAUUACAUCUAAUUGGUCUGACCUGAGUUUAUGGAACAUGAUUCCCUUUGAUGGGAACACAAGAGGCAACUGGCAUAAAACUUGACAGUUCUCUUUCCUCAUGAGAACACAGUGACCAAAGCCAAGAAAAAGUUAGCAGCUUUGAUAAGAGCUAGUUUCCCACCCACAUUCUUACGUCAACGGUGGUGCUUUGCUGGUGAUGGUUCUUUGAGUCCCACUGUUGCACUCUAAGCAUAUAACCUCCCAUUCUAGGGCAUAGCCCGCUAUUAAUCAGCUGUACUUCCUUUAGCUUACUCUACUUGGUGUGGGUUACCCAAGUCGGCCAGAGAAUCCUCACAGGCCUGGAUACCCAUGAAGGGUUUGGGCAUGGGUUGCAUAAUUGUCCUUACUAUUUCUAGGGGGGUAAAAGAUGAGCUGAGAUGGACUCCCGUGUUAAUAUGGUCCCUAGCAGUGUCCUGAUAACUAUGAACUGAAUGGUAAAAGUUGAAGUAUGAGAACAGAAAACUAAGUGCCCUUCUAGUAGUCCUCUUUCUCAGGUCUAGCAUAUUGUCUGUAUUUGAAUGCUAAGAAUUUUUUCUGAACGCAAGGGAGGACAGUGGGGCAGAUUUACUAAGCUUUUUGCCUUAGCUAGGCACUGAAACCAAAGAGUAAACACACAGAGGAGCCGAUGCACACAAGUAUGCCUAAUUCCUUUGCUUGUAUUCACAUAGCAGAAAGUAUUUCUUUGGGGAGAACUUCGGCAAUUUUUGUGGUGUCUUAGUGAGGUAACUAUGGAUUCUGUUGCUGUUGCAGUCCCUGUGGUUACUACCUUGAAAAGGUGCUUUGAAAGUCCGGCAUGGUAGUAUGUGCCUGAACUUGGAAGGUUGAAGUGACAGGAUCACUUGAGUCUGCACAUUUGAAAUUGGCAGGGGCAACAAUGGAGACCCAGUCUCAAAACAGGAAGGCAAAGAGUGUUAAGUGCCUUACAUGGCAGGACCUAGAAGCCAUGGGGACUGAACAAAGCAUGUGAAUGUCACUGUUAGUCCUUUAACCUCAGCAGGGACAGACGUGGUCACGGAAAUCACACAACUGUGUCAUUUUUCUUUUAUACUUUUUUUUUUCGGGGCCUGGUAUUGUUUAGACAGGGUGCCACUAUAUAGCCCAGGCUACCCUCAAACUCAAGGCAGCCUUGUCUUGGCCUGCUGAGUGCUGGGAUUGCAGGCGUGAGCCACCAUGCCCAGCUUCCUCUUUCAUGCUCUUGGUGAUAACUUGAAAAUGGUGAAGUCACUUGUUUGAACUUGUGGGCAGCGUGAGCAUCACUGUUGAUUUGAGCUUGUGGGCAGCGUGAGCAUCACUGUCAGGACAGAUUGCCCCGAAUGUGAACCUUACAGCCUAUCAACUUGCAGUGGCAACAGUUUCCAUGCCUAUAGGAUUGAUGCUGAAGUAACAGGGCUAAGAAACUACUAGGUAAGUUUUAGCCUGUGGGUAAUGCCUUAGUGUUAUUUAGAUAAAAUAGUUGUCAUGAAUACGUAAUAAAUGUUAAGGAAUGUUCAGGAAGAACAAAGUUUUCAGGGAUGGUUAUUUGCCAUGAGUCUUACACAUUUCUGUAAGAAAAACUGAUGCUGUGUAUUUUUUUUUAAUUUUUAUUAUGGCUUGUAAAUAAUCCUAAUUUUAAUAAAGUUUUAUACACUUUGUA